AUGGCAGCUUACAACAAUGAACCCCGGGAAAGGAAGGAAGAAAGCCUCCCCCUCACACGCGGCAGCGGUUCCGUCUCGCUCUGUCGCUCGGAGGUCAAAUCCACGGCGACUUUGGAGAGAAAACCGCGACAGAAACGGGAGCUUCUUCGUUGCUUGUUCGCUGAAGAGAGAGCGAAAGAGAGAGAGCGCCACCGUUGCAGUCUCGAAUAUGAGUACAGAAAAGCUCAGGUUGGAGUGUUGAGGAGUUUCAUCUCUGCAUGCCAGCCUUAUUUUCACUUCCUGGAAUCCAACGGCAGAAAUGCAUUAUCGUGUCAUGAACAGCUGUUGGAGUUGUCUCAGGAAAUGUGUGACAAACUGGAAUGUCUAGUGUUGAAAUUUGCCACCCGAGAACUCGUCACUUUGGAUGACAGCGAUCCUGAAAACAUGGCUCACUUCCGCAUUGGUCACUUAAAAGUGAAGCAACUGAAACUGAAAGUGACAUCAUUUCGCUACUGUAAGCCCACGCCUUACCUGGCGAGGGUGAACACAGGCAUAUUCAAGCGCAUGCGCUGGAACGUUGAGCCUUACGACAGUUCAAUAAAUACACCGUCCAAAUACUACUACAUGUGCUGCGAGAAGAUUCCAAACCACGCAGACAGUGACAAAUUACAUACCAAAGAUGUUCAAAUGUGGUCCAUUGGUCAGUGGGUGCAGGUGAAGCCGGAUCCCAACACGGAAAGCAUUUUUGACUGGGUGCUGUGUGACGUUCCAGAGGGCGCCUUUGAGAAGCUGCUGGAUUUGGGCAAAAAAGAGCCAUCCAGCAGCAAAGCCACCGACCACCUGUUGCAGCUGCUGGCGUCCAAAGAGAACAUUUCAUUAGACUUGUCUCAGUUAAGCGAUCCUCUGAAGUAUGAGGAGGAGAUGAUGCUGUAG